UCUAGUCGCAAGCAAGUGGAAGCACUGGUGGCAAGCAUACGUGGCAGUCAGUUUUUGCCUCCUCGGCGUCGUCUUCCACUUGGCGGAGCCCUCUGACAACCGAGAGGAGGACGAGAUCCCCGAUGAUGAGAUAAAGUUGCUGCUCGUCCAGGCUUGGAGAACGAACACGGAGGUUGAUUUUCUGGGAUGCUGUUCGGGGAAGUGCACGACGACCACCUAAUGUCCAUCACGGACAAACUGCUGGUGUUUUUGGGCCAAGUACUCGACGAUCUGCCAUUAGAGAUUCUCUCGCGCUGUGACCAGAAGCCCUGGACAACCACGCUCGUUCGCACGUUGGAGCCACAUCUUCAGUGGUCCGCGUGUACGGAGUUGGAGGAAGGAAGCUACUACGUGCCCUCGGCGGGCUCGUAUCUACACGUCGACGUCACUGAUCUUUCCACGUGGGACCCGCUCAUCCGGCGCGCUCCUGCACGAGAGACGAGUGAAGAAGAAGAGGAGGAGGACGAAGAAGAAGCAUCGGCAGAGGAAGAAGAUCGAGAAUCCGAUCCCGAUUAUCAAGGAUCGGAGGACGAAGAGCUGGGAGAGGCCGAUUCGGAGGAGGAGGCAGACGAAGAAGAAAAUGCGCCGAGGGAUACAAGUGAACCGGAAGCCGCGGCCCAGAGACGGCGAGAGGCAGCGGAAGGCAAGCAACCGAUCGUGGAAUCAGGGCCGUCGCCGCAACUACUGCAGGGCAAUCCAGCACUCGACCUGGAACCGUCGCGGGAGGAAGACGAACAAGAUGGAACCGCCGCCGCAGAGGGAUCAAGAAGUCGGCGCCACCGAAGAAGUCAAUCACCCUCCCAAUCCUCCCCAGUUCGAUCCACAACCCUUCGUCUGCACCAAGAUGCUGGCGCUCGGACUUCGUCUCCGGUCGUUAUCCCGUCGUCCCCGUGACUUCCUCACCGUCCAGCAGCUCCUAGGCCGACCCCCGUUCCCCGAUAUGUGGCAGCCAUUUC